AUGUCGAAUGAAAAAAAUUCUCAACGUCUUUAUCUUGGACUUGAUUUGAGUACACAACAAUUGAAAGGUAUAGUCAUCGAUGAACAAUUACAAACAAUUGCUGAAGAAGCAAUUAGUUUUAAUGAUAAAUCAUUACUUACUCAUCAUGUUCAACCAAAUGGUUUUAUUGUUGAUAAAGAUGAUAAACGUUGUAUAACAACACCGGUGUUUGUAUUUCUUGAAGCAAUUGAUGUUUUAUUUCAAAAAUUACACGAUCAAAAAAAAUUUGAUCUAUCAAAUAUUGUUGGAAUAUCUGGAUGUGGACAACAACAUGGAAGUGUUUAUUGGAAAACCAAAACAGAAUUAGAAAGUUUGAAAAAUUUCAAUAGAGAAAAAACUUUAUCACUUGUUGAUAUUUUACAAUCAUCAUUUUCUCGUAUUGAUUGUCCAAUUUGGAUGGAUUCAUCAACAACAGAUGAAUGUCAAAUGAUAGAAAAAGCUGUUGGUAAUGCACAAAAUCUUUUUCAAAUAACUGGAUCAAAAGCCUAUGAACGAUUUACUGGUAGUCAAAUAAUGAAAGUAGCAAGAAAAACAUCAGAUGUUUACGAACAAACAGAACGUAUACAAUUAAUAAGCAAUUUUCUUGCUAGUAUUUUACUUGGUGAAUAUGCUCCAAUUGAUUUAUCUGAUGGUUCAGGCAUGAAUUUACUUGAUAUUCGUCAACAUAAAUGGUCAAAAGAAUGUCUGAAUACAUGUGGAAAAGAUUUAGAAAAAAAACUUUCGGAAAAACUUGUCUAUCCAAGAACAGCACUUGGUACAAUCGCAAAAUAUUUUGUAGAACGAUAUGGUUUCAAUACUCAAUGUCAAAUUGUAUCAUGUACAGGAGAUAAUCCAUCAUCUUAUUAUGCAUUAGCAUCUGAUCCAAAAACAGUUGUUAUUAGUUUAGGAACAAGUGAUACAGUUAUGGCUUCAAUUCCUGCAUCUGCAAUGCCAAAAGAAGCACUUGAUGGUCAUUUACUUGUUAAUCCACUUACAGCGAAUCCCGAAAGUAAUCUUUUAAUGUUACUUCUUUGUUUUAAAAAUGGAUCGCUUGUACGAGAACGUGUACGUGAAGAAAUAGCUGCAAAAGAUUGGCAAGCAAUGAGUAAACUUCUCGGUGAAACAACACCAUCAAAUAAUGGUUUUAUUGGAUAUUUUUAUGAUGAUCAUGAAAUAUUACCACAAAAUAUUCAAGGAAGAUUUUAUUUUAAUAAAGAUGGUCAACAAAUAAAUGAUCUUGAAGCAAUAUAUAAAGCAAGAGCUGUACUCGAAGGACAAUGUCUUGCAAAACGACUUUAUUUACAAAAAGCGAAUGUUGAUUUAAAUAAUAGUGUUGACCGAAUUGUAGUUACUGGUGGUGCAUCUGCUAAUACUGAUUUAUUACAAAUUUUAGCAGAUGUCUUUGGUAAAACAGUUUAUACUGCUUUAGCACCUAAUUCAGGUGCAUUAGGUGGUGCUUUACGUGCUAUUGAUGUUAUUAAUCAAAAACCAAAUUCAACAAGUUCAACUGUUGAAUGUCUUGUUGCUGCUCAACCACGUAAUAAAUUUACCGCAAUCUAUAAUGAAAUGCUUGCUGGUUAUGCUAAAUUAGAAGAUAAAAUCGUCAAAGGCAUAAAAUAG